AUGGAUAUGCCCAACAUACAGUGGUGGGCCAAGCCCGCCGCAAACACCACGGCAGCUCCCAACCAGACGAACGGCGGCUUCGCGAUACCGGGACUCGGAAACAGCACAUCCAAUAGCUCCUUCCCCUUCCCACAAUCUGCGCCGAGCACAAACAAUGCACCCGUUGCGCCGGAGCAGGUUCCUUCUCCCGUAGUACCGACAGGACCUCGCGCAAACAGACCACCGAUGAGCGAUCGCGACAAGAUUGUGGCCCCCAGCCUCGCCUCAGGCGGCGUCCCCGACCCGACCGCAGAGUACCUCCAACGCGCCUCCAUCCCCUCCACCCUCCUCCCCUCGCCGAAGCCGAUGUUGGUGGUUAUGGACCUCAACGGCACCCUUCUCUUCCGACCCAGCCGCCGCAACGCGACCUCCUUCAUUGAGCGACCGCACGCAAAGCGCUUCCUGCAGUACUGCCUCGACACAUUCCACGUCGUGAUCUGGUCCUCCGCGCGCCCCGCCAACGUGCAGUCCAUGUGCGACCAGCUGCUCCUUGGCGCGCCUGGCCCCGAAGGGCAAAAGGAUAGGGCCAUGUAUCGCCGCCGCGUGCUGGCCAUCUGGGGUCGCGACCGUUUUGGUCUGUCCAAGGCCGACUACAACACCCGUGUGCAGGUUUACAAGCGUCUAGAUAUGGUCUGGAACGACCCGCGCGUCAAGGGUUCUCACCCGGAUAUCGCGACGGGAGGGCGUUGGGAUCAGAGCAACACGGUCUUGAUCGACGACUCGCUCGAGAAGGCUCGGAGCGAGCCGUUCAACCUGGUGCGCAUCCCGGAGUUCUUUGGAGAGGAGGCCGAGCAGGGCUUGGUGGUUCCGCAAGUGCACGACUACAUCAACUCGCUGUGCUAUCAGUCUGAUGUUAGCAGUUACAUGCGCACGAAUCCGUUCCAGAUGAGGGACGAUUACAGAUUGGAGCCUCCCGCAGAGCAGUGA